AUGGCGUUCAGCUGGAGUGCUGAUAGCAUCUCAUUUGUUAGCUUUGUAGCUUUGUUUGCCAGUUUUGGAGUUAUAGGAAACAUUAUCAUUUUGCUCGUUUAUUCCAUUAAAAAGAAGAAUCUACUUGGGGAAUUCUUGUACAUUCAAGUUUUAGCAGUUAGCGAUCUCUUCGUCUGCGGAGUUUUAAUGCCAUACACGGUUUUCUUUGAGUUCAGAUUAGUUACCAAUGACGUGAUCUGCCGAUUGUUGGAGAUUAUUCGUCACACCGUUGUCAUAUUCUCUAACCUUAUCUUGUUGGUCGUUGCUAUCGACAGAUUUGUAAUGAUUUGGAAAGUCAGGAGCAAUAUCACAAAAAGGAAUAAAAUCUGGAUUUUACUUACAACUCUAUUAAUCGUCUUCGUUAUCAACAUUCCAACAGCUGUUCUAUUUAAAGUGGAAAGUGAUCAAAAUGCCGAUAAUACAACGAGUUCAGAAUAUUGCCAGUACACCACCUCAACGUUAGGGGAUGAGCUGGGCGCGGUGUACCGGAACUUCCAAUCCUUUAUCAUUGCGUUGUCCAUGGUUCUCCUCAUGAUCAUAUACGUCCUGGUGUACGCUUUGUUAUAUACCAGGAAGAAGCGAAUGCAAAAUAAAAUCAAAAACGUUGGUGGUACCCGUGGAAAAAUAUCCAAGGAAAAUGACAGGGAAGGAACAAGGGGCUCAGAAGUACAAGACAACCCGAAAACGUCUGCGGUAGAAACAACAGGAGGCCCGGAUGAUAACGCAAUGUCUGCUUCGAAGAAAAACCCAAAUUCGUCGAAUCUAAAAGGUACAUCGCAUGUUCGGACAAAAACAUGGACGAUGCUUUUCGUGUGCACUCUGAUAUUCUUCAUCUCGUGGAUACCUUUCACGAUUGCUAUUUUUAACAUUUCCGAGAUCACCAUUUGGCGUUAUUUCUUUUUUGUCUCGCAUGCCAGUAAUCCCGUGGUCUACAGUAUCAUCAACGAGCGCGUGAGAGCCAGCAUCAAGGAACUCUUUUGCGAUUGUCGAAAAAUAUAA